AUGCGCCCUACAUCCUUUCUCUGCCGUAGGCAGCAUCUCAGAAUCAAUAUAUUGCGGCCUAGAGCUCGGAUAUUACCAGAUGCAGCCUCUAUCCGUCAUUGUUCAUGUCAUGCCAGUCCUUUGACUCCGAAACGACCUGCUUCCUCCGCACCCUCCUCGUUGAACCGACCCAAGAGCACAGAUGCGUCAAACAUACACUCUAACACACCUGCGGCAGACCACCGUAUACUCGGCACGGCACAAGAACUCUUCACAUCCUCUCCUUAUAGCCCCGGAUCACCUCUAUUUCUACCGAACGGUACACACAUAAUCAACAAGCUAAUCGACUUUCUCCGCGCGCAAUAUCGACAAUAUGGAUUCCGCGAGGUCCUCACCCCGAAUAUCUAUAAAAAGUCGCUAUGGGAAAUAUCCGGGCACUGGCAGAAUUACAAGGAUGAUAUGUACGAGGUACGAGGUCGGGGAGCAACUGGUGUAACAGAAGGUGAAUUGGGCGAGGAUGAACAAUAUGGAUUGAAACCGAUGAAUUGUCCCGGGCACUGUUUACUAUUCAAAUCGCAAAACCAUUCCUUUCGUGAUCUACCGGUACGCUACGCAGAUUUCAGUCCUCUACACCGCAAUGAGAUCUCCGGUUCUUUGAGCGGGCUUACCCGAGUGCGGCGGUUCCACCAAGACGAUGGCCACAUAUUCUGUCGGCCGCAACAGAUCGGAAAGGAAAUUGAUCUAGCAUUAGCGUUUGUGAAUAUGGUUAUGAAGACGUUUGGACUGCCCAAGUACAAUCUUGUUUUGUCGACUCGCCCCGAAAAGGAUUUUAUUGGAAGUCUGGAGCUAUGGGACAGUGCCGAGGAUCAAUUGCGGCAAGCAUUAGAUAAAAGCGGUCUCCCAUGGGAGUUGAAUGAGGGCGAUGGUGCAUUCUACGGGCCGAAGAUUGAUAUUCAAUUGCAAGAUUCGGAUGGAAAAUACCAUCAGUUGUCCACCAUUCAGCUUGACCUCAAUCUUCCUCAGCGAUUCGAGCUUGAAUAUCAGGUUGCAGAGGGGGAGCCCGAUUAUGACCCAAAUACACCUGGGAAAGCCACACCUGUCUUGAUUCAUCGAGCUAUCUUUGGCUCAUUGGAGCGUUUCUUGGCACUUUUGAUUGAGCAGUAUGCUGGCCGAUGGCCGUUCUGGCUUUCUCCACGGCAGGGCAUUAUCCUUACUGUGCAGAAUGACGAGCCAGUAUUGCGUCUAGCUGAAGAAGCGGCCGCGAAACUCUCCGGAUACGACACGAUUGUACCGAGACUACACUCGGAAGAUGCGGAUUUGCAACAACCAGCGCCUCUCACACCUGAUCCGACAUUCCUCAUUGACAUUGACAGCAGCAGCCGGUCGUUAUCCAAGAAGAUCCAACGUGCCAAGUCAAUGAAGUACAACCUGAUUUUUGUUGUAGGAUCAAAAAAUCUUGCAGAUCAAACUAUUGAUGUCGACAUCUCCGGCCAGCUUCAGGGCAGCACCGAGGAUAAUGCAUCGAAGUUCCAAAGUGUCCUAACGGAGGUCGUCGGAGCUUCAUCUCAGGGCAACUCGAGGGCGCUGAAAAUGAAGAUUGACGACGUCCGCGACCUUCUGCUUGAGAUGGAACGGAAGUUUGUAUGA